AUGGCAGUUUACGGAGGCCUUGUAUUUCUCAUUACAGGUUCCUCUCUUGUCCCGGCUAGCACAGCAUUCAAAUCAGCAGUUCUUAUUCAGCGCUGGUACCGACGUUACAUUGCUCAGAUGGAGGUGAGAAGGAGAUGCACUUGGAGUAUCUUCCAGUCUAUAGAGUACACAGGGGAACAGGAUCAAAUCAAGCUAUAUGAUUUCUUCAAUUUUCUGAUGGACCAUUUCACUCCUGACAAUAGUAAAGAAAGGGAUUUCAUCUGCCGUAUGUUCUCUGAUGAGGAAAGUUUCAAGGAUACCGAGCUGGAAAAAUACUAUGACUAUGAAUCCAUAGAGGUUCCGGAGUCGUACACUGGUCCUCACCUUACCUUCCCCUUAAAGCCUAUGCAUGCCGCAGCCUUGGUAGAAGCAUUCAAACAAAAACAACAGCUCCAUGCCCGUUACGUUUUGCAUCUCCUGCAUGAGACAAAAAAUCACCUGAAACUACUGCCAAAUAUAAAGCGUGUAACUACCAGUUACAGCAAAGAAAUCACAAUUUGUGGAGAUUUGCAUGGCAGACUCGAUGACUUGUUUUUGAUAUUUUACAAGAAUGGCCUUCCAUCCCCGGAGAGACCUUACCUUUUUAACGGGGAUUUUGUAGACAGAGGAAAACAAUCAAUUGAGAUUCUGAUGAUCCUCUUUGCAUUUCUGCUGGUUUACCCCAAAGUUGUCCAUUUGAACAGAGGAAACCAUGAGGACUACAUGGUCAACUUAAGAUACGGAUUUACAAAAGAAGUUAUGCAAAAAUACAAGGUUCAUGGUAAGAAAAUCUUGAAACUGCUACAAAAUGUUUUUAGCUGGCUCCCACUAGCCACUCUAAUUGACCAAAGGGUACUUGUUACUCACGGAGGAAUAUCAGAUACAACAGACUUAGAGCUACUGUCUAAAAUUGAACGACACAAGUUCACUUCAACCUUGCGGCCUCGGAAAAAGAAAGAGAAUGUCAAACAGAACGAGUCAAAGUCAAGUCAGGAAACAUUUACUAAUGGAGACUCUGCUUUACCUGUGGAAACAACAGUGCCCUAUCCAAGGAGUUGCUCAUUCUCCUACAGUUCUAGCCCAAGCCUUUUACCAAAAUAUAGGGGCAAAAGAUCUGCCAGCAGUCCCACCACGAUCACCAUCGACAGAAAGGAGAUUUCUAAGCGGGUGCGACAAACUGUGGACGAAGAACUUGAGAAAUGCCGUAGGCAGGUGGGGUUCACAGACACGUUCAGAGAGCCAGAAAGCCCCAUUUCUGGUUCCGAGUCUGACUCGGACAUACAGGAAUAUGACAUUGACGACGAAGAGAGAAAGCAGAUUGUAGAUAUUCUUUGGAGUGAUCCAAUGGCACAAGAUGGGUGCAAAUCAAACUCAGUGCGUGGAGGAGGUUGUUACUUUGGUCCUGAUGUGACAGAAAAAAUCCUUAAAAAACAUGGGUUACAGCUACUAAUACGUUCCCAUGAAUGUAAGCAGGAAGGUUAUGAGUUCUGCCACAACGGGAAGGUACUGACUAUAUUUUCUGCUUCAAAUUACUAUGAAGUUGGCAGCAAUAAAGGGGCCUACAUCAAACUUGGGCCUGACCUUGUUCCCCAUUUUGUACAAUACCAAGCAAAUAAGACUACACAUACUCUGACCAUGAGGCAAAGAGUGAGUGCGGUAGAGGAAUCCGCUUUGAGAGCGUUGAGGGAGAAACUGUUUGCUCACAAAUCAGACCUCAUCAACACGUUCAAGCUUUAUGACAAAAAGCAAAGCGGAUACAUUACUUUAAAUGACUGGGCAACUGCAUUGGAAUCAGUUUUGAAUCUUGGUCUGCCAUGGCGAAUGCUGAGGCCACAGCUUAUACGUAGUUCUCCAGAGGGACUCCUUAAAUAUAGAGAGUGGUUUGAUGAACUUUCUGCAUGCCAACCAAUUAGAGAGAACUUACAUGCCAGUUUACUGGAAGCUCUCUACAGAAACCGAUCGGAUUUGGAGACCAUAUUUAGAAUAAUAGACAGUGACAGCUCUGGUCUUAUUUCAUUUGAGGAGUUCCAACAUACCUGGAAAUUACUAAGUUCCCACUUAAACAUAGAAAUUAGUGAUGAGGCAGUGUGGAACAUGGCCCGAAGCAUUGACUUCAAUAAGGAUGGGAACAUAGACAUCAAUGAGUUCCUGGAAGCCUUCCGAUUAGUUGACAGACCUCAUAUUGGAGACAGAGAAUUAGAAAUUUAUUGAGCUUGUUAUAUUCUUGGGCUGACAUUCAGCUCAUAAAACCUGUACAGCAAUCUUAUUGUACAUUCUGCAAAGUACUGAAUUAUUAAUAGAUAAAGUAGGGCAUUAAGAUUUUGAGCUUAAAAACAUCUAAAAGCACUAAUGAAGGAGCCACUAUAGCUACCCUAAGUUCAUCAACAUCAGGUUACAUAUAGAUGUUUGGAUUGUGUUUGCAUCUAUAAAUAAAUACAUAAACUCAUAUAUACUUAUACCAGCA